GACCUCGCUUUCAAGACACUCACAUUCUUUAUCAUGUUAUGCAAUGCGGACCCUUCCGAGCAUAUUUAACAUGUGCGUAUCAUGCAUUCAGCAUAUCUUUACGACGAGAGGUGUGUAGUCUUUGUGUAUAUAAAGGUCAUGCUAUCGCCACUCCCUGGACUGUGAGAAGUCUCUCACGAUCCUCAGAAGCCCGAACCAGCACUUCUUUUCUAGCCACUUUGAUUGGAAAUCAGGCAAGGUUAUCUCACACGUUGCAAUCAUGAGGACUAUGAACAUCCAUGUGCCUAAAACCAGCAAAGAGUGGAAGUUGGCGCUGACCACUGGUACCGAGACCGAUCCUGCUUCUCAAUGGAUUAACAAGGAUCUUGCACCCACGCCAAAGGAAGCACGUACAUGGUCUUGGAUAUCCCUGACUAGCUACUGGUGGGGCAAUGCCUUCAACUCCAGCCAGUGGUCCAACGGCGCCAGCCUCAUCGCAGUCGGUCUGAACUGGUGGCAAGCGUUGAUUGCUUGCAUGUUGGCCAAUCUCAUCUCGUCGACCGUGGCGCUCGCCUUAGGACGGCCUGGUGCAAGGUACCACAUUGGCUAUCCAGUGCUCGCCCGGAGUGUCUUUGGUAUGUACGGGCACUACUUCUUCGUCUGGAUCCGGGCGGUGGUCGCCAUCAUCUGGUUCGGCGUGCAAACGUACUUCGGCUCGCAGCACUUGAGUGUCAUAUUCAGAUGCAUUUUUGGAAACUCCUGGGAAAACAUGCCGAACCAUAUGCCCGCCAGCGCCGGGAUCAGCUCGAGAGAUCUCUUGGCUUUCUUCCUCUUCUGGAUGAUUGAGUUGCCGUUCCAGGCUGUGCAUCCGACCAAGAUCAAGUACCUAUUCGCUGCUGAGUCAAUCUUUUGUCCUCUCGCUUGUCUAGGAACAUUUGCCUGGUGCGUCAGCUACGGCGGCGGCAUCAGAGUGAACACACUCGGGGCAACGCAGGUCCACGGUGGUGCCCUGGGUUGGGCCAUGCUCAACGGCAUCAACAGUUGCUUGGGCGUGACGUCUGCCCUUCUUGUCAAUCAACCUGACCUGACCCGAUAUACCAGACGACCCAAAGAUGCCGGGUGGCGGCAAGCGUCAUCGAUUUUCGCCAGCAAGACGUUGAUCUUCUUCUUCGGUAUCGGCGCAACCGCAGCUGUACAAGGAAAAUUCGGCGAAGCAUAUUGGAACCAGUGGGACUUGCUCAAUGCUAUCCUGGACCGCUUCUGGGGUCCUGCCGCGCGAGCGGGAUGUUUCUUUGCGGCGAUGGGAUUCGCCUUGUCUGUGUUGGGUGUCAAUAUCGGCUGCAAUGCUAUCCCGUUCGGUGCCGAUGUAACGGGAUUGUUGCCCAAGUACUUCACUAUCGUCCGAGGCCAAAUGUUCUGCGGUAUUAUGUCCCUGGCAAUUGUGCCAUGGAAGCUACUAACCAGCGGCUCCGGCUUCUUGACUUUCUUGGGCAGCUACAAUAUCUUUAUCUCGCCGAUCUGUGGCAUCAUCAUGAUCGACUACUUCUUCAUCAAGCGCGGCAACAUCCAUACACCCUCGCUGUUCAACCCGGCUCCUGGAUCGCUGUACUACUACACCAAAGGCUGGAAUCUGAAAGCACUUGCGUGCUGGACUUCCGCCGCAGCUUUUGGUAUCCCAGGCCUGGUCGGUGCGUACCAUCCUACGUGGGUUGCCGAAGCCGCGAUACACAUGUACCAGACUGGAUGGGUGAUAUGCUUUGCGGUGGCUAUCACCUUUUACUUAGCCAUCAAUCGCGUGUUGCCGGCCAAAGUGCUCCCGAUGGGCUACGAGGGUGCACCAAGCGGGUUUGAAAGCCUCGCGGAAACAGAAGGCUAUUUUGACGGUGAGAUGCCAAUUGAAUCUGGUAUGACCACUGGUCGCGAUCCUGAAGACCGAGCGUCGGAUGGAACGAGUGUCGUCUCUGUGAGCAAUGUUGUUGGCAGUGAGAAGGUCUGAAAGAGAGCUCGGAGUAGUGGGAUGUGCUUUCUUGAUGUCUGGUCGUCAAACCUGUUUCCAGAAAAGUGGCACGGUCUGACCAGUGUCGCUCCUCAGGUGCAAAUAGGUACUGUUUCUUAUUGUCGUCUCGAAGUUCUUCGCAC